UCAGUAACCUGUUACUUGCUGCUGCUUGCUUUUGGGCUUUUUUUUUUUUUUUUUUUCCCCUUCUCCUUCUUUUUUUUCCCCUCCCCGUUCUCUGCCUCGGCGCUACAACUGAGUCAUUCCGGUGCCCAUGGCUCGUGGGUACAGCGGGCUCCCGCUGCGCUCCGCUCCAUUCCCCACUUGAGCCGCCGCUGCUCGGCUCGGCUGGUGCAGAUGUGGGGCUGGCUCGCCCGCGCUUCGCAGCCACUUGCCGAGAAGCAUUCGGAAAGCCUUAACUAUGCAUAAAUCUGCAGAGUGAAUGUUUUCUUUCAUUCACUUGCUCCUAUUAUUUGAUUUCUUGUAGGCCUCUGCGGCAGAAAUGGAGAAAAUAAGGGUACGAAAUUCCUGGGUGCCAACCUGCCUAUGGCAACCUAGAAUUCUCCAGGGCAGGCUCGCAAAAUCUUCACCUACUCUCUGGGACAGUACUUUGCAAGAACAGAAGGGGGAAUUACGAAAGCGCCUAUCGUACACUACCCAUAAGCUGGAAAUGCUUGAAACAGAGUUUGACUCUACACGUCAGUAUCUUGAAAUAGAAUUGAGACGUGCUCAGGAGGAACUUGAAAAAGUAACUGAAAAACUGAGAAGGCAGGUGAUUACUCCCCUGAAGACAUAUCAUAAUGGAAGCCAAAAAUAUUUUACGAGGAUACAAAACAAUUACCUAGCCUUACAAAGAAUUAAUCAGGAUCUGGAGGAUAAACUUUACAGAAUGGGUCAACAUUACGAAGAGGAAAAACGGGCUUUGAGCCAUGAAAUAAUUGCACUCAAUAAUCACUUAAUAGAAGCCAAGGUGACAAUAGAUAAGUUGUCAGAAGACAAUGAGCUCUACAGGAAGGACUGCAAUUUAGCUGCUCAGCUUCUCCAGUGCAGCAAGAACUAUGACAGGGCACAUAAACUUUCAGAGUUGCCAACUGACUUUCAGGAAAGAGUCAGCAUCCACCUGGAAAAACACGGGUGCAGCCUCUCUGUCCCCUUGUGCCACACUUCCUAUGCCGAUACCAUUCCCACCUGUGUCAUUGCCAAAGUGCUGGAGAAACCAGACCCACACAGCUUGUCCUCACACCUGUCAAGCCCAUCCACGAGGGAUCUCAAUUUUCAGGACUCUGCUGGAAAAGUGGGACAAAGACCCCAGUACAAGUCUGACAUCUACUGCAGUGACACGGCCCUUUACUGCCCCGAGGAGAGGAGGAGGGAGAGGCGGCAGAGCGUGGACACGCAGGUGAAGGACGUGGGGUUCCUGCGCUCCCAAAACUCCACGGACAGCACCGUGGAAGAAGACGGUUUCCAUUCCAGCUUCUCCCACGAAGCCUUCCCAGAGUACAUCACCUCUCUGCCAACCUCCAGCUCCUACUCCAGCUUCAGCGUCACGUCAGAGGAGAAGGAGAACGCCCAAGCCAACACCCUGACAGCCUCCCAGCAGGCGAUCUACAUGAGCAACCGCGAGGAGCUCUUUGAGAGGAAGUCGCCUGCGGGGUACGAGCACCAGGGGAGCCCCAGGUUCGCCAAGCCCAAGCCCGCGCAGCACAUGGAGCUCGCUGACGACAACGAGAACUCGCCCACUUUUACCAGGACUCUGCCCCCGUAUGCAAACGAACCUUUUCAUUUCUCAGCCAUAACACCACAGCAGGCUUUGGCAAACCAGAAAAUGAGGAACGAGUGCAGGAGCACCCACCUUUCAGAAGAAGACUUGCCAGGGAGAUGGAGGCAGCUGAGCGUGGAGGACAUUGGAGCGUAUUCCUACAGGAACGCUGGCAGGCUGUCGCCCUGCAGUUUCUCAGAGCAGUACUACAGCAGCCCCAUCAAGAAGGGGGACAGUCGAACAAGCCCCAUCUAUGCUAGUUACAAAGCAGACAGCUGCUCAGAGGGAGAUGACAUCUGCCAAAGCAGACUUGUGGAUUCUUGCUUCCUGAGAACAGACAGUGGCCUGAACAUUGACAUCAGCACAAGCUGUAAACAGGACAAAUUGCCCACUUACAAAACAAAAGAACCAAGAGACCAAAAAAAUGAAAGGAUCACCGUCCAGUUAUGCAGUAGCAAAAACAUCGAAAAUAGCCCGGUAUUGAAAAGAGAAUACGUGGACGUGAGCCCCAACAGCUCAGCAGAGUCACUCAAUCAGAGUUCAGUGGAGGCUCCAGAAAUCCACCAGUCUUCCAUGGAUCAAGGAAGCCAUCCAGGGGUUCACAGCAAACAGCCGCAGUUCCAGCGGACGGGGAGCACUGGGCUGAGUCGGAAGGACAGCCUUACAAAAGCACAGUUAUACGGAACCCUUCUGAACUAGGCACCUCCCCACAUGGCAAUAAGACAGCAAACAAAGGGAAGGAAAGAGCAUUUGAUGCUCCUAGUAAACCAUAAGGUUCUAAGAAACAGGAUUAUUAUGAAAUAUAUAUUCAUAACGGUACUAUAUGUUUAAAACAAAAUCUCUUCAAAAACGUUACACAGCACUUUUCACUUGACAUCCUUUCCACAUGGGAGACUGUCCCCUCCCCUCUUUUAUAAACCUGAAAUAUUUUUAUAAACAAAAAUGUAUUUAUUAGACUAUCCUAAGCUAUUUGAGCAGAAUUCUUUUCCCUUCAAGCAGGUUUCUUAUUUAUUUUUGUGCAUGAGGCCAUCUGUGCCUAAAUUCUUGGAGGAAAAGGGUAAAAUCAUGAUGACAGUGACAAAAAAAUAAACCCACCUGAUAAAAUACCAUAAAAUGUCAUGUGAAAUCAAAAAAAACCAAGAAUGGUGAAUUUCAAGAAGUAUAUUUUUUAACAAGAAUGGAAUUGUAUCUUAAGUUAUUUCAUACAAAUGUAUUUAUGAGUGACUAAUGUAUGCACAAAGUGAUACUAAUAUUUUGUUCUUUUAAUCCACUGUGUUUCUGCUUUCCUAUUUUUCCUUGUAUACUACCUCAAAAGUAAUUGAGGGUUUCUUUGUCACAUUUUCUGUAGGCUUGCAUUUAUA